CCUAGCCAUCUAGCAUGACGACCACACAUCCGUUCAUCGCUUGACCCGAAUCGCACCAUGACUCAUCAGUCAGGGCUACAAAAUCUCCGCAAACAAUACCUCUCGCUCUACCCUCCCCACCUUAUCCAGCUCGACCUCGAACCGAGGCUCACACUCGCGAGGAAUCAGGGAUGGAUCUACGACCACUUAUUGUCAUCCGACUCGUUGGCUGCCCAGUACCCGCCAGCAAGUGACUAUCAGAGAAAAUUCUGGAAACUCCUUGUGGCUGCUCUGGAUGUCGAGUUGCGGGACGACAGGGCUGUCGAGGAGGAACUGGAACUCGACGACCGGAUAGCGGAGCACUAUACGGAACUCAUAUUUCAGUCUACAAACCCGCUCGACGUUCCCGGACCUUCCUACAAGACCUACAUAUACAACACAUCGCCAUAUUCCGCGGGCUCAAACUUUGUACCGCCUUCGGAGGAGAAAGCGAUCACCUUGCUGGAAGCGCAGACGACCAUCGAGGCGGGUUCGACUGGUCUACGAACCUGGACAGCUAGUCUUCAUCUGGCUACUCUGCUCUCGCUAGACGAUUCUUUGCUCGACCCUCCCUUCCCUCCCAUCGGUGCUCCUUCAGGAUCUUCCACGCCAUCAUCAAGACCAACUGGACGGACAAAUCUCCUCGAACUGGGUGCAGGCACGGGAUUCCUCUCGUGUUUCUUAGCGCAGACGGGAAGGCGAACAAUUUGGGCGACUGAUAUCGGGGAUGAAGAUGGAGGGGAUCUCAAUAACGAAGAAGAAUCUGAGGAACGUGGGCGUUUGGAAAAGGGCGGCGGUAGGAUCCAGGAAGACAGAGUGGACGGAUUGAGGCGGGGUCCGUUGAAGAGCCUGAAGAGCAACCUCAGGAUCAAUCGACAACGGUUUCAUUCCGAAUCCAGAGUCAUCCCUAGAUCAUUGGACUGGUUCGACUCUGUCCCGCCCAAUGACGAUUCGGCUCAAAGCGCCGCCGAGCCGUACGAGGCGGCAUGCGCGUUCUCGAAGAGCUUGCCCACAGACCUGGUCUUGCUCGCGGCGGAUGUGAUCUACGAUCCCGAUCUCGUCGCCCCGCUUGUAGCUACUCUGAAGAUGUUCCUAUCACAGACCGAUGACGAGGUCGGUCUCACUAAGAAGAGGUUUGGGCUUUUAGCCGCAACUGUGAGGAAUCAGGAGACGACCGACUUGUUUGAGCGAGAAUGCGAGAGGACCGGUCUGAAAGUACAUGUCGUACGCUCGCCCAUCCUUCCGGAUUCUGCAGCUACGCCAAUGUUCUGGAAUGCAAGCACUUGGGAGGGGCAGGACGUCAAGGUGGUCAAGAUCUAUGUGUGAGACUGGCAGCCGGUUCAAUCUUCCGAACA